GUAUAUUGAGGACUUCACACUUUUUGCCUUGGACACAUAUAGACGGUUAUUGAAAUGGAGAAGCGCGACAACAUUCUGUUCACCGACACGUUCGACGUCAAGGACGUGGACAAGGACGGCAAAAAGUUUGACCGCGUGUCGCGCAUCGAUGGGCGCAGCCAGACGCACGACAUGAGUCUGAUCCUCGACAUCAACAGCGAGCUGUACCCACUCGAUGCCGGCGACAAGUUCAAGCUCACUUUGGCAUCGUCGCUGUCGCUGACCGACGUCAAGGAGCCGUCGGCGUUCGGCAAGGGCGAAGCCAACUGGCGCGCGUACGUGAACGGCGAGGAGCGGUCGCUGGCGGACGACUUUGAUUAUGUGAUGUUUGGCCGGAUCUACCGGUACGAUGACUCGUCGAGCGCCAAGGUGUCGGCGUUUGCGAGCUUCGGCGGUCUGCUGAUGUGCCUGGAGGGCGAUAUCCGGCAUCUGCAGAACCUCGUGGUUGGUGAUACGCUCUACCUGCUGCUCAAGACCAUUUAAAACGUCCCCUUAAAAUACAUUGGCUGCCUGCCUUUUCGGAAAGAAAGAAUUUUACGGCACGGGUAUGAUGGAUGG